GACUGGAUGAUACACUGCAAUAAACUGGAGCAGAGACUGAAUGUUAGUGAAAUUUGUAGCAGCAAGGAGCAAAUCAUGCAAAGAGUAGGUAACAUUGUUGGAUUAGAAACUCCUAUUGUUAUAUACCUUGCUGUUGCUGAUGACCUCCUUGAAGAUAACUCCGUACUCGAGGGGUGGGGCAAAGGUUUACUUCCUUUCGAGAAGAAGAAGUUGGGAGAAGAAGAAUUGGGUGUUCUUGACACGUACAAGAAGCACCCCUAUCUGAUUCAAUCGGCUAUAGACUAUGAAGUUUGCUUGAGAUCUGAUGUGUUUGUGGGGAACACCUUCUCGACUUUCUCCAGCCUUAUUGUUCUUGACAGAACUCAAUUGAUGAUCAGCAAGGGUCUUACACAACAGUGCGGGUUAGAUGUUAGAUGGCCUUCUUAUGCCUACAAUUUAGAAGGUGAAUUAAAUGGUCCACGCCCUUGGGCAGCUAAUAUGUCGGAUGUGAGCCUCCAAGCCAUUAGUUAUGGUUCGAAUCAUGUUUCUUGUCGAUGAUUCUUGAGUUUUGUUUUCCAUGCUUAUUGUGGGAUGCGAUUUUCGACAAAUUCGGUGGUAAACCUUCAACUCCUUUUUGUAGAUGGCAUGAGAUUUUCUGCUAGAGCAAUGAAAGCAAUGAGAGGAAACCCAUAUUGUUCGGGAAUAAAAGCGGAGGAUGCCAUGAAAGCUAUUUGGAGUACCUGCUAUAACGACACUGCGCCCUUCGACACUUGAGAGAGGCUGCUACUCACUUCUCUUGGCAUCAAAUUAAUUGCCACUCUGAAGUUGCUACUGCACUGAUUAUGUAUUUAAGUUUACAUUCUCGAGUUAUCUUUAAUCCACGCAGAUUUCACAUUACUACUAAUUUCUUUGUUGUAGAGCUGGUUAUGGAGUUUUGUUAUUUAUUUGUUAAUUUAGUGUUUUUUGGUUACUUGAUCUAUCCUCCAAUUUUGGGGGCCGAAUUGGAAGCAAUUGAUUUUGAAAUUAUUUUUGGGUGAA